AUGGGCAGUGGCGGUAUACAAGAUACCUACAAGAGAGCAAUGGACGCUGAUGAUUUUGACUCCCCACCGGAACGGCGGACAUUGGUAGAUCUGAAACGUGUCAAAAUGGAACGCGUCGCGGCCUCGUACGACCGGAAGCUAGCAGAGCUGUACUUCAUGGAGACCCAGGGGACUGUCCUGGACUAUCCCAACUGGUUACUGGACACAAAGAAGAGUACGGCGUUGAUAACGUUUAUGCGGUCUCGCAGUAUUGACCUGAGCGACGAACGCUGGAAGGCGCAAAUCAAAAUAAGUAAAGACAAGCCGUGGUUGCAUAGCGGGACGAGUUUGCCUGUCAAGAAGGAG